AUGGCGGCCGCCCGCUGCCUCCGCUGGGCCCGCGUGGGCCGCGCCGGGUCCUGGCUGCUCGCGCCGCCCGCGCGCUGUCUGCGCCGGGCCCUGCACAAGCCGGCGGACGGCGCCCAGUUCCGGAGCAUCUACAGCCUGGACGAGCUCUACCCCGAGUCCACGGGGCCGGGCACCGCCUGGAAGGUCCCGGAUGAUGCAAAACAAGCCAACAGUGACAUCCCUAUAGAUCGCUUGACCAUCUCUUACUGCCGGAGUCGUGGCCCUGGGGGGCAGAACGUGAAUAAAGUGAAUUCCAAGGCUGAAGUCAGGUUCCACUUGGCAACAGCCGACUGGAUCGCAGAGCCCGUGCGGCAGAAGCUCGCCCUCACGCAUAAAAACAAGAUCAACAGGGCAGGAGAGCUGAUCCUCACUUCCGAAUGUAGCCGCUAUCAAUUCCGGAACCUGGCCGAUUGCCUGCAGAAAAUCCGAGACAUGAUCACUGAGGCCAGCCAGACCCCCAGAGAGCCUUCGAAGGAAGACGCGGAACUGCGGAGGCGCAGGGUAGAAAACGCGAAUCGGGAAAGACUUCGACUCAAGAGAAUGAAUUCUACCAUCAAGACGAGCCGUCAGGUAGAGAUGGACUGAGGUCGUGGUCUGGCGCCGGCAAAGUCAACAUUGCCUCAAACAAAGAGGCCUUUGGCACCAUAAAGAGAGGCGCCCUCCCUCUCCUGUUCAUCCUCACCU